AUGUCAAACUUCGCCGCAAUCCUAUCCUCCCCCAAAGCCCCUCUGGAAAUCCAUCCCGUGCCCAACUACACUCCCGGCCCCACCGAACUCCUCAUAAAAAACACCUGCAUCGCGCUUAAUGCCAUCGAAGCCAAAAUCGCCAUCCACAACGUCAUCCCCUACACACCUUACCUCGCUAUCCUCGGAUCCACCUACGCCGGCACUGUGUCGGCCAUCGGCUCUUCUGUCAAAGAUUUCAAUGUCGGAGACAGAGUCGUAAUCAGUAAACGCUUCGAUGUUAAGGGGAACCAAUACGGCGCCUUCCAGCGCUACGUCGUAUGUUCCGACAUCAUGAUCAGUCGCGUCCCCUCACACAUCGACCUGCAAAUCCCUGCGAGUUUGAUGAUGAAUCUAACAUGCGUUGUGGGAAUGUUUUCUGGGAGGUUGGGUUUGGAGAGACCGCCGCUGGAUGGGAGGGAGGUGGUGAAGAAGGCAAAGAAGAUCUUGGCAUACAGUGGGAGUAGUAGCUUUGGUGGAUUAAGCGUGGGGUAUCUAAAACAGGCGGGGUAUACGGUGGUUACUACAAGUAGUCCGAGCAAUUGGAGUUUUGUACAGGGGUUGGGCGCGACUACGAUCAUCGAUCACACGCAGGAGCAAGAGAUUCUUGUCAAGCAGCUCAUAGAUCACGGUCCGUACGAUGUUGUCGUUGACUUCGUAUCAAUUGCGAGCACACUUGCAAUUACGGGUCGAGUUGUCGAAGCCCAGGGUGGUGGCAAGCUUUUCACGAUGCAGCCUGGGAGGGAAGAGCUUCCAGCUGGUGUGGAAAGGGUGUUUGAACCUUAUUCUGAGAGUUUGUAUGAAAUGAGGAAUAGGGAGUUGCAGAGGUGGGUUGUGGAUGAGUAUUUGCCAAAGGGGAUUGAGAGUGGUUUGAUCAAGCCAUUGCCAAUGGAGAAGGUUGAUGGGGGUUUGAAAGGGUUGAAUGGGGGGUUGAGGAAGAUGUUGGAAGGCGGAAGAAGGGUUAGGUAUGUAGCUGAUCCUUGCGAGUAG